AUGGAUAAUGAUGAUUGUGAUCUGUUUUCCAUUUUGCAUAGCUGCAAUGCUAACACUUUCCAAACUCUUCCUCCACCUCAAAACCUAAUUACCACCUCCACCAUUACCAAUAACAUUAUAUCUCCUCAAAACACCACACCAUCUUACUUUGAUGAUUUUUCUUUAACCCAAGAAAAUAGAUCUGUCAGUUUUUCUCCACUUAAACCAACUGAUUUUAUAGAGUUAGACAAAUUAAAAACCAAUUUCAAUCCCACCACUACUAUCUUAGCUUCCCCUACCUCCAUUCCUAUCCCUACCCACAAAACCACCUCUAUAAUCACUAAUACUAUUAAUCAUGACUCCAAUCAAAAUUUCAAAUUUUUUGAUUUCCCAACACUCAUCCCAGAACCACAGAUGCAAACAACUGAUAUUACUACCCAUAUUCCCACCAUCAAUAACCUUACCACCAAUAUUCCCAGUGCCACCUUUGCUAACCCUAGCCUUCCAUCAAACAUUUUUACCACAAGCUCCACAACCGCUGCUCCUUCUAUCACUACCAUGAUUAAUACUAGCACUAGUUUUCAUGGAACCAAUAACUAUCCUAAGAUACAUAAUUCCCCCAACGUCUUUGAACAACAACAGAUCCAACAAAAUCAAAACAAUCAUCUCUCUUCUAUCAAACCUGUCACUUGCAUUGAAAUCACAAAGGCUCAUUUUGAUCUUGCUUACAACCAUCCAUCAUUUUCUAAACAAUACACAACAGACUGCAACCAACUGCCAAAUCUACAACCCCAUACAGACCCGCAACAAGAACUAUGCAAAAAUAGAAAAAGAAAGUUUGAUAAUCAGAAGAUAGUAGAAUGGCAUAUAAGUGUUGACAAGUUGGGUGAGGAUCCAUGGGAAUGGAGAAAAUAUGGACAAAAACCCAUUAAAGGAUCUCGACAUCUAAGGGACUACUAUAAAUGUAGCAAUUUCAAAGAUUGUGUAGCAAAAAAACAAGUUGAAAAAAAACCAAACAAAGAGAAUAUUUAUGUUGUGACAUAUAUAGGAGAGCACAAUCAUCCAAAACCUGUUGUGAAUUGGCCUCCUCAUAAGAAAUCAUCAAAGAAGAAAUCAUCCAAUGUCAAAAAAUAUGGAUCUUUGUCAAAUAUUAGAAACUCUGGUUCUCAAAAUAUGGUGAUGUCACAUAUUGAUCAGCCAGAAUGCAGCAAUGCUCAGGUUCAUCGACGUCAAUCAAAAGUCAAGAAGACGAAUGAUAAUCACAUGUUGGAAACUUAA